AAGGUAACUUGGAUCAUCAAUCGUAGGAGAAGUUGUUGUUCUUCAUUUCCUCUCUUUUCAACUUAUUCUAUUCUCGAUUUCGUUGCACAACCUACAGCCAUGUCAAGUGUUAGAGCAUUCAGAUCGUUGGCGCGGCCAGCGCGUCAAUUGCGACCCGUCGCUGCCCCCGCCCUCCAGAUCCGUCACCACUCCUCUAAGCAUCCCAAGGGGUUUGAAGCACCGUCACAAGCCGAUCUUACCGAGCUGCGCGAGCGCGUACAGGAGUUCACAAGGCGCGAGAUCACAGAGGAAGUUGCCGCGAACACGGACAAGAGCAAUGCCUUCCCCAAUGAGAUGUGGCAAAAGCUGGGCGAGGCGGGUUUCCUGGGCAUGACUGCCGAUGAAGACGUUGGUGGUCUGGCCAUGGGCUACCAGGCGCAUUGCGUCGUCAUGGAAGAGAUCUCGCGUGCUUCUGGCUCAAUUGGUCUCAGCUAUGCCGCCCACUCCCAACUAUGCGUCAACCAGCUCCAGCUCAACGGUUCUCCGGAGCAGAAGCAGAAGUACCUUCCCGGUCUGAUUGCCGGCACGAGCGUCGGCGCGCUCGCAAUGUCUGAGUCUGGCGCCGGCAGCGAUGUCGUGAGCAUGAGGACGACAGCGACGGCCGUCGAUGGUGGCUACGUUCUGAACGGCUCCAAGAUGUGGAUUACCAACGGUCCCGACGCCGACGUCAUCGUCGUUUACGCAAAGACGGAGCCCGAGAAGGGAUCCAAGGGCGUCACGGCGUUCCUCGUCGAGACCAAGACCAAGGGCUUCAGCUGCGCGAGGAAGCUCGACAAGAUGGGUAUGCGCGGAAGCAACACCGGCGAGCUCAACUUUGACUCCGUCUUCGUGCCCAAGGAGAACAUUCUCGGCAAGAUCAACGGUGGUGUGAGAGUUCUGAUGGAGGGUUUGGACCUGGAGCGUCUCGUUCUUAGCGCCGGACCUCUGGGCAUCAUGCAGGCCGCGCUGGACGUCGCUCUGCCCUUUACCCACCAGCGGAAGCAGUUCGGCAUCCCUAUCGCUCAGAACCAGUUCAUCCAGGGCAAGCUGGCAGACAUGUACACGAAGCUCCAGGCCUCCCGUGCAUACACAUACGCCACGGCCAAGGCUGUUGACGAGGAGGGGAUCAUCAAGACACAGGACUGCGCCGGCGCCAUCUUGUAUGCUGCCGAGAGGGCGACAGAGUGCACUCUGGACAGUAUCCAGCUUCUUGGCGGCAUGGGCUAUGUCGAGGAAAUGCCAGCUUCGAGGCUGUUGAGAGAUGCGAAAUUGUAUGAGAUUGGUGCCGGAACUUCGGAAAUCCGGAGAAUGGUCAUUGGAAGGGCAUUCAACAAGGAAUAUGCCCACCUGGCGUGA